AAUCCGUCUCUCUCGUGUACGCGUCGUGCGGUGUGCCCCGUCGAGUGUGCCGAUUUUCGUAGCCGAAGAUCGUCGAUCGAUUUUUUGCGCGUGUAGUCGACUUUUUUUUUAGUCAUGUAUCGGAGAUUUAUUUUUCUGGGAGUCGUCGUAGUUCCGACGUUGAUGAUGAUUUCACGAGUCUCGGCGUCUCCGACUGCUGUUCAGGAAACGACUACUGCGAUAACGAUUUCUGCGGUUUCUUCCGAAAAUGUCAUUUCCGAUGAAGUUUGGAACGAUUUCAAACAACGAUACAACAAAACGUACUCCAGCGAGCUGGAGGAGAAAUCGAGAAGAUCGAUACUGGCCGAUAACAAGCGAGAGAUCGACGAGCACAAUGCCAAGUACCGAAAGGGCGAGCUCAGCUUUGGACUCAAGAUCAAUCAAUUUGGCGAUUUGACGUUCGCCGAGUACAAGGCGCACAUGCGCUCGGACAACGCGACGACGGUCGAACCCGACAUCAAGCGACCAUUGGUCGGACUCAAGUACAACGCGACGUCGUUCGGCCCGGACUGGGAGUCGGCCGUCGGCAACAGCGUCGAUUGGCGGCCCUUCGCCGUGACGCCGGUGCAGAAUCAAGGCCUCGACUGCGGCUCCUGUUGGGCUUUCGCGGCCGCUGGAGCUUUGGAGGGCCAGUACUACGUGCAGACCGGCGAACUGACGCAGCUGAGCGCCCAGACGCUCCUCGACUGCACCACGGUCUACGGCAACUCGGGCUGUCGCGGCGGCAGCGCCACCCUGUCCUAUCAGUACGUCGUGCUGGAUCGUCGCGCGGAGGGCCUCGAGACGGCCGAGGCUCGGCCGUACUUGGGCCACUCGGAGGACUGUCCGCCCGAGGCCAGGGUCAAUUUCACCACCAACGCGACCACGACGAUGACAACGACGACCAAAGAGGAAACGGUCGCGGACACCCAACCGAGCUACGUCCUCGUGCCGGAGGUGUAUUUGAGACACGCGGUGGCGACCGCGGGCCCCAUCGCCUCGGCCAUCGACGCGCUGCACAACAGCUUCAGGUUCUAUUCCGAAGGAGUAUUCUUCGAGUCGGAGUGCACCGAAGCCCUCGAUCACGCCGUGCUGAUCGUCGGCUACGGCAGCGAUCCCAGACACGGCGACUACUGGCUCGUGAAGAACAGCUGGGGCACCGCCUGGGGCGAGUCGGGCUACUUCAGGAUCAAGCGCGACGACAAGAACCACUGCGGCAUAGCGACCGAGGCCACUUAUCCGCUGGUCGGUUGAACCCCGCGAUCGUACAUUGCCAUAUAUCAUUUUUGAUAUUUUUGAUAUUUCAUUAACUGUUUAUUUAUUUUUGGAUGCUCUAUAUGUAAAUAUUAUGUUUAGUAUAUGAAUAUUGAUCAACGUGAUGAACCGUUGGAAGCCAAAUAAAAAACGAGAAUUGUAUAUCCGAGACAUAA